GAAUCCGGUUAGUGUUAACAUUGAUUUGAAAAGUAAUGCCAUCAAUAACACCGAUUGUUCAGAAAGCUAAGUGAUGGUAGUAAAGGAUCUAAGAGCUAUAGAAAGUGCAUCGAUUGCCUAUUGGACUGCACCAUCGGUCUUCUGCGGUUCAUUGGAAAUCGUGUCGAUAUAGUGUAGCGCCAUAACAGCUGAUUCACUCGAAUGCACUCGAAGUUCGCUGAACUCUCUCCGCAAUAUAUUUGUUGUGAACGGGCAGGCAAUCACAAGAGCGCAAUGACGGGUUGUGAUCAUCUGGUGGAAAUUCCUACCGCUGAUUGGACCGAGCUCAGGCAGCUGUUUCAGUGUGAUUGGCCAAAGCAUGAGUUUGCCUACUAUCUGCUGGGGAAUUACGAGACUUGGAAGGGGCAUCACGAAACGCUGGACGUAAAAUGUUACUCGUUAAAUGGUAACUGGAGGAUAGAUGGCUCGUUUCUGUUGAAAGAUGGCUUUGAGAUAUACUUUUACUCGAAAGCUGACGACAACAGUUGGACAGUGCUUGUACAACUUUUAUCGCUUAUUGGCUGGGACGCGUUUAACGAAAUCAGUAUGGAUUAUUUAGAGAAGUUCCAUCCCGCGGUUGAGAGAAUCAUCAGCGACAAAUGUCUGACGGUGUCAAGCAGUAAAUGCGCAAAUUACUAUUUCCUGCCCAAGGAGCAAGCGCUAACACUGCAUUCGUCCACCAUACCGAAGGGCUUCACGUUGAGCAGGCUGCAGCUAAAGGAUUUGGACACGAUCUACGUGGAGUGGCCUCUGCGAAACCAUAUUAGCUAUGAGGCAGGGUAUGGGCUACUGAAGCGAUUGAUACUGUUGAACGAGAAUGUUGGAUUGUUCGACGAAACGGGCGUGCUUGUUUCGUGGUGUUUAAGCGAUCAAACCGGUGCCCACUCGGAUCUUCAAACAACGGCCGCCUGCUGCCGUAGGGGAUACGGACGAAUGGUGGUAGAGGAGCUGGCACGACGGCUGGCACGUUCGGGAUCCGAUUCCAAAGCCUUCCGGUAUUGUAUUCGUCAACUUUUUAUCGACGGAGCGCCAACACGAUGCGGUGAUAGGCAGUCGUUCGAAGACGAUAUAAAAGAGGUGUUCCGAUACCAAAGCGUGGCACAUCAGUGGUACACACGACAGGUGACCGCGGCACCCGGCAUCCCUGGAGGGCUUGUAAGCCGACAGGUAAAUUACACCGGCAUCUACAACAUUACCGCCAUUCGGGCGUACGAUCGUACCUUCAACCGUACCGGCCAGGCACACAUCACGGGUGGUGGACUCUAUCAGCGGUUCGUCAACUUGGCCCUGCAGACUCGCUUCAUCGGCAAUCCGCUCGACUUCUUGCUCUGCCAAAACAUGCCAUCAGUGACAAACCUUCAAAGGAUCGCUUGGGAAGAGUUACCCGAACUGCUAGACCUGUAUCGGGCAGAAUGGCCAAGAUAUGCAUACACCUUCUACACACUGGAGAACGGCUACCGUUGGCGCGAGCUAGCCCCUGAUGGAGAGCUGGAAGUGUUUACCGACCCGGAACGGGAUUGGCGAACUACGGGAACAUUCGUGCUGAGGGACUGUAAGGAGCUGUUCUUCUUCACCCUGGAAGCGACGUUCGAAAGCCUGGAAAAGGUGCUUCGCGCGGUUAUGAGCCGUAUGGGUACAUCGGUCAGUCUCGUAUAUGAUUGCUGCUUCCGGGACGUGGUCGAUCGUACGAUCGCCAUUCUUUCCCUCGCGAAAAGCAGCGAUGAGCGUAUGGUGUGUUACAGACAGUUGGCACCGUGUGACGAUGGGAAAGAUCCGCACGGUGAACUUCAACAGGGAUAUCGGUUCAGUGCAGUGAAGCCCGAGGAUAGUGCCGUCGUCGAAGCGCACUGGGUACACAAUGAUCCGAUCUUUACCAAUCUACCAACUCGCUUGAUCAAACGUAACCCAUCGUUGGGAGUGUACGAUCGUCACGAUCGCUUAGUGGCGUGGUGUUUGAUUGAUCAAACCGGAGCGUUAGCCAUUUUUCAAACGAUUCCUGACCAUCGCCGUAAAGGUUUAGGCCGUGCACUAAUCAAGCAACUUUCGGGCCAACUGCACGAGCGAAGUCAACUGCCGCAAGCGUUCAUUGUGGAGAGCAAUGUAGCAUCGAGAAGUUUGUUUGAACAGCUAGGAUUUAACGCUGUCGAGCUGUGGUAUUGGACAAAGGUUCACCGACAAGAGUCGUAGCUCAGCACUGAAUAACCACACACAUAACGCACAUUCGGUU